CAACUAUUUGUGUAUCUUCUCCAAAUAUCAGAAAUUUUAACAGAAUGAAGGUUUUCAUCGUCCUAUUCGUCAUCACUCUGGCGGCUGCUGCCGCUAGCGGAUCAUAUGUCCCGACUGCUUGGCCUACAACAACCCUGGGGUGGAAUUCAUGGAACGGAUUGAACAAGUGGAGCACCUGGAAUGACCACAAUGGUAUAAUCGACACUUCAUACGUCAACUCGUGGCCAUCAGCAUGGUCAGCAGCUUCUCUCAAUAAAGGCUGGAAUGGAUGGUACGCUCCGAAGACUACCGUCGUUCAAGCUAACAUCGCCAAGGUCAAUCCAUGGGGACUGCCGUGGAGUGGCUAUGGACAUGGAUAUAACGACUACUUGGGAAAUGCCCUAGUUUCCAAAUAUGUCACUCCCAACACCGGAUCCAUCCUCGUUGCUCCGCUGGGUGGACACAAUCUGAAUCAAAAAUUAAUUGUUGCCUAG